AUGGCAAACCCAUACACCUUCCUCAGACCUCACAUCGAUCCUUUCUUCCUCCCCUUCCAAAGAAGCUUAAUAGUCCCUCCAUCAUCCUCUCCCACAAAACGAGCACUCCCACUCCUCAGCCUCUUACCUUCAUCAAGCUAUGAUCACAGCAAGAUCCUUGGGUAUGCUGGUGAUCAUCAUCAACAAAAGAAGGAAGAUGAGGACGUGAGCAUCUCGCUCCAAAUUGGCCCGCCGACUGCAAAUAGCGCUCUUAAUUAUGAUGGUGAUGCGGCCGCAACAUCACAAGAUGACGAGUUAUGUGGUGGUGGUGAUCACAAGGUGGACAAGGAGGAAGAAGAAGACGACGACGACGAUGAUGUUGCCGGUAACGAUCUCUGCUUGGAGUUUGCCGUUGGAAAGCUGACCAAGGGCAAGUAUUGGAUUCCAACCCCAGCUCAGAUCCUCAUUGGGCCCACACACUUCGUCUGCCCGGUGUGCUGCAAGACCUUCAGCAGAUACAACAACCUGCAGAUGCACAUGUGGGGGCACGGGUCGCAGUACCGCCGCGGGCCGGACUCCCUCCGGGGCACGCAGCCGGCGGCGAUGCUCCGGCUGCCGUGCUUCUGCUGCGCUCCCGGGUGCCGGAGCCACGUGGACCACCCGCGGGCGCGGCCGCUCAAGGACUUCCGGACGUUGCAGACGCACUACAAGCGCAGGCACUGCUCCAAGCCCUUCCACUGCCGCAAGUGCGGCAAGGCCCUCGCCGUCCGCGGCGACUGGCGCACGCACGAGAAGAACUGCGGCCGCCGGUGGCACUGCGCCUGCGGCUCCGACUUCAAGCACAAGCGCUCGCUCAAGGAUCACAUCCGGGCCUUCGGACAGGACCAUGUAGAGCGGCCGCCACCCGCCGCCAAGAUGUGA